AUGGUGUCAUGGUAUCACCUGUGGAUGACAUAUGGGUCAUUAGUCAACAUUGUACUUGUUUAUGGUGUCAUAGUAACACCCAUGGAUGACAUAUCGGUCAUGGUUGUGAUGGUUUGUUAUUAUGGAAGCCAGUACUUCUUUGAAGAAGCAAUCAAGAAAUCAAAGGAAAUCGCUAACAGACAUGCCAUUGGAAGUGAUGGAGAAGGUAAUAGUCGACUUGGGAAAAAUUUCAACUAUCGAGAGUUUCAAGAUGAAGAGUGUAUGAAGUUAUUUUUCUUAGAAGCUGAUCAUGAAGGGAAAACGAUGCUUGAAGAAGCAUCUACAUUGGGACAUUUGGAUUCAACAUUUGUCAUGGGGAUGAUGCUGACGGCUUAA